AUGGCUGGGAUAUUUCGCUCCAUCUAUGACUGGCUCUUAAGGAUGUUCUGGGCGACCGAGAUGGAUGUUACCCUGAUCGGAUUACAAAACGCAGGAAAAUCCUCUCUGCUUCGGGUCUUAGCUGGCGGGGAAUUCACAAUCGACUCCAUCCCGACGAUCGGCUUUAACACCAAGCGAGUUCAAAAGGGCCAUGUAACCUUGAAAUGCUGGGAUUUGGGAGGCCAGCCACGGUUUCGCCCGAUGUGGGAACGAUACUGUCGAGGUGUCAACGCGAUCGUAUAUAUCGUCGAUGCGGCUGAUAAAGCUGCCCUGCCUGUGGCAAAAGAGGAGCUGCAUGAUCUGAUGACAAAACCCACGUUAGCUGGAAUUCCGCUCCUCGUGCUGGGCAACAAGUCCGAUCUGCCGGUUAAGUUGUCGGUAGAUGAACUGAUUGCAGCGAUGGAUUUGAAAACCAUCACUCAUCGCGAAGUUAGUUGUUAUGGAAUCAGUGCUAAAGAGGAGACUAACCUCGACGCUGUAUUGCAUUGGCUGAUUGCGCGAGCAAGUCGAUAA